AUGCACGUGUCAGAAUGGCGCAAUUGCAUCAAAAAUCCAGAAGAUACACGAGCUGAACGCAAUGAAGUCAGAAGAUUAGAACAACGACAAUCACGCCGUUACACAGUCAGUAGACGAAGAACAAAUGACCAACAACGACAACAGGUACAUCGAGCAUUUAUAUCUGAUUCAUUCCUGCGUCUAGCAUUGCAGUAUGAGCCCGAUAUUGAAUAUUAUGCUCAUUCAAAAGUGGUAAUUGGUGCUAUGGACAAGGAAUGUCCGCAUUGUCAUGCUCUGAAAUUCAAAAAUGAGCCAGCUGGGAUGUGUUGCGCGUCAGGAAAAGUGCAACUACCUGAAAUUUAA